GCGCGGGCCGCGCUAUAAAGGCUCCUGGCGCUCUCCGACGCAGCUCAGUGCCUGUGAGAAGUUCUGGCGGGAGGGAGCCGCGCUGGAAGGGAGGUUGUCUUUCCUUCCCCUCCCUUCUGCCCCGUCCCCCCUCCCUCACCUUUCCUUACUGCCCACCCCCAGGGGUCCCACCCCCAUGGCCUCCCCCACCCCGCACCUAGCGCUCUUCGCCUGAGGGGCGGGAACUGCGAGGGAGCGCCUGCCGCCCUCCGCUGAGCCGGGGGGAGGCGUGGCGUGGCGCCUCCUCCUGGGACUCCUCCUCCGCUCCGCCGCUAGGGGGUGGCCAAGGCGAGCAGCCCGAGCCCGAGGCAGCGCCGAGCAGCAGCAGCAGCAGAAGAAGAGAGCGCAGCAGCAGCAGCAGCCCCAGCAGCAACCCCGCCAACGCCGUCGCCAUGACCCUGGGCUGCAGCAGCGGGAGCAGCCGGCCGUGCGGCUUGCUGGCGGCGCCCUCUCCGGAGGAGGAGGACGACGACGAGGCGCUGUCCGACGUGGAGGACAUCGACGUGGUGGGGCCUCCGCACGAGCACGGCCAGGCUAAGUUCAGCGAGGACGACGAGGACGAAGACGACGACGACGAGGAGCUGCGCCUCCUGCCCAAGCAGGCGGCCCGCGGGAGCCUCUCUCCAGCCCAGGGAGGCCCGGAGGCCGCGCUGGGGGACAGCCACGACCCGGCGGUGGCGGCAUCGGCGCCAGUUGCGCCAGCCUCCUCCUCUUCCUCCUCCUCUUCCUCCUCCUCUUCGUCGUCGUCGGGCGCUUCGGGGUCCGGCAAGAACCCCCUGGUGAAACCCCCCUACUCUUACAUCGCGCUCAUCACCAUGGCCAUCCUGCAGAGCCCCAAGAAGCGGCUGACGCUGAGCGAGAUCUGCGAAUUCAUCAGCGGCCGCUUCCCCUACUACCGGGAGAAGUUCCCCGCGUGGCAGAACUCCAUCCGCCACAACCUGUCGCUCAACGACUGCUUCGUCAAGAUCCCCCGCGAGCCGGGCAACCCGGGCAAGGGCAACUACUGGACUCUGGACCCGGAGUCGGCCGAUAUGUUCGACAACGGCUCCUUCCUGCGCCGGAGGAAGCGCUUCAAGCGGCAGCAGCAGCAGCUCCACCCGCAGCCGCCCGAGCUCCUCUUGCGCGCCGCCGCCGCCGCCGCCGACCCGGCCGCCUUCCUCCCCGGCUUCGCCUACGGACCUUACGGCUACAACUAUGGGCUCCAGCUGCAGCUUUCACCACCACCACCAUCACCACCACCACCCCGCGGCGGGGGCCGGCGGGCGGCGGGGACGUUCCCCUUCCAGCCUCCUCCUUGCGCCCUGCCGGCGCCGCCGGGACCCGGAGCCUCGGCGGCCGCGCCGUCCGUUUUCUCCAGCGGCCUCUCGUCGUUCCUGGGCGGCGACCUGAGUUGCAGGAAAGCCUUCUACCCCGCCGGCCAGCUCAGCCCCACCGCGUCCCUCCUGCAGAGCCUCAAACCGGACCAGGGAGCCGGCAGCAGGCCUUCCUUUUCAAUAGACAACAUCAUCGGAGGCGGCGGGGGCGGCGCGGCCCCCCCGCCGUCCGGUAGCUCCACCAGCAGCGCCCCCGCUUCGCCCUUCCCGGCGGGCCACGCCGGGGGCCAAGCGCAAGUCCUGGCGAUGCUUUCUCCGGCUCUGACGCCCUUACCGAACCAUUUGAAUCUCACCCACGAGUCCCUCCUGCAGUCCGGACAGAACUUUUCCAGCAAACUCACAAACCUCAACAGUUGUCCUUUUUAAAAAGGCGACAACGACCAGCCACCAUUACUCACCCCACCCCCGAGAUCCUAACCCACAGCCCCUCCUGGCCUCUCUGCCCCCCUCCCCUCCAUUCUCACAAUUGCCCUCCCGUUGUGUUUUAAAAGGUAGGAACUCUUCCUUUUUUGAGAACUGUUCGGGCGUCUGGAUCGAUUUUGUGUGUGUGUCUCUCGCUCUCUUUCUCUCCACGCGUGUUCAGGAUUCGUAGUGUGUUUUAGGAGGAGGGUUGCUGUGGAGGGAGGACGGGGGGGGGCGGAGAAGAAGAACCGACCAACUCACGGAUCUAUUUUAAAAUGUAGCGUUUCUUAUCAAAUGACUUCUGGCAGCUUGAUUUCAUUUUUAAAAGAGGGCCUAUUUUAUUAAGGCUGGGACCUUAAGCUACCCAGUUGGAUUUUCUGUGGGGAUCAGAAUGGCCCUAUUUCUUCCAAUACUUCUU